AUGUUUGGUAGUAAUACAGGAGGUGGGUUUGGCGGUAACACCAACAAUGCCUCUGGAGGAGGCUUGUUUGGAAAUAAACCAUCGUCUGGAGGAAUUGGGACCAGCGGAGGCUUCUCUUUCGGUUCACCCAACACUGGCAACAAUAACAAUUCAAAUUCUGGAGGUCUAUUUGGACAAUCUAAGCCAACUACUACAGUUGGAGGAGGCUCUGGGUUAUUCGGUGCAUCCAAUAAUACUGCGAAUCCUACGAAUACAGCCGGAGGGCUCUUUGGUGCUACUUCGAAUACUACAACUAAUGCAAAUAAUACCACUAGUGGAUUAUUUGGAAAUAAUCCUACAAGCAAUAAUAACACAAAUAAUAGUAAUGCCAGUGGAGGGUUGUUCGGCAAUAAGCCUUCUGGAUUUGGUUCUACUGCAAAUAGUUCCGGAGGCCUCUUUGGCAGCACACAAAAUAAUACCACUGGCACUGGAAACGUAUUUGGAAACAAUCAGAAUAGUAAUACUGGCACCGGUGGUCUUUUCGGAAGUAACAAUCAAACCUCUGCCACUGGCUUGGGGGGUGGUGGUCUUUUUGGAAACAGUCAAGCGGGAUCACAACUGAAUACUGCUCCCAAAAGUAAUUUCAAUCAACCAUCUGGCCUGCUAUUUGGUGGUAACGUAUCCAAUACAUCGCAACCAUCUUUUCUGUGGAGUUCUUCUCAGCAGACAGCGCAGCAACAGCAACAGCAACAGCAACAACAACAGCAACAACAACAACAACAACAGCAGCAGCAGCAACAACAACAACCUUCAGUAAAUUUUUCGAUAUCUAACAAUAACAAAAAUACCAAUUCAACGAACAGAAGUUCUGUGAAUAGUACUUACACGCCUGCCAUUAAUGAUCAACUAAUAAAAAUAGGAGAACAAUGGGACCCAAACUCUCCCAAAUGUACUUUAAAAACACAUUUUUAUAACAAGUUAAACGAUCAAGAAGCUAAUAUGUUAUUGAAUCAACCUCGCCCAAAUAAUGAGACCCCAGAAGAUUGGGAUGAAGCAAUGAACAAGAGGCCCAGCUCACUUCAUUAUCCUGUUAAGGUUACGUCAUUUUCUGAUGUUGCAAAGCGAAUAGAAUUGCAGUUGGAUCAUGUAGCUAAAUCAAGAGUCAUUUUAAAUUCAAUCAACGAUAAACAAUCUUCUUUAUCUUCAAAGCAUGAUUUGGAUAACACAACUAGAAUAUUGAAGGCUAAAGCAAAACAUACUAAACUUUCAAGAAGAUUACUUAGACUCGCUACCGUUUUGGCCAUUAUAAAGCUAAAGGGAUAUCCCUUACUUCCAGAAGAGGAAGAGAUCUCGAAGCAAUUUGAAUUAUUAAAUUCUAAGCUCAGUGACCCUAACAGUUCAAUUGGCAAACUCAACGAUAUAUUUGCAAGAUUAACUACCUUGAAAGAAAGAGCUGAAGACUUGAAUUCUCAAUUCGAUAAUUCGAUCAAUUCCAUGAAUGGCUUAAAUUCGAAGGAGAUCUUGGAUAAUACAGCAUUAGAAAAAAACGGAGAAAGCACGGAUGAAAUAGUCAAAAAGCUAUCUAAUCUUUUAUUAAAGCAACAAAUUGGAUUAAAUUAUAUAAAUGAUAUAUUGGAGAAAGAUCUUGAAACUGUGGAGAAAGUCUCCACUUAA